UCAACUGUGCUAUCUAUAUCUCAAGAUGGCGGCAAAAUUUGACUUGAUGGUCUGAAUGGCUUCUGUUUCGAAUUUAUCGAAAGAGAAAGGAACAACGGAUUUUCCUUCAUCUGAAUUCUUAUCAUCACUUCUUGCGUCUUACCCAACAGAAUGGCAAGGCGUUUUCGGAGCGUUAAACUCAAAUAUUGAGCCGAUCUCAAACGCCGCUUUCUGGCUCGAGAUGAAAAUAUCUGCUGCAAAGUACGAAGACAAAAUCCCACCAUUCUGGAGCGAUUUUCUCAAGCACUUAAAACAAGAGUAUCCAGUCGUCUUGGAUAAUGAGAUCAACUUCAAACCAAAGCUUUUCUUGCUCCCGCUGAACCUACAACGAAAUGUGCUAUCGUUUAUAACAGAAAACAUUGAGAAAAUUCCAUCUGAAUUUUUGAAGACAUUCGUAGAGGAAUUGUUAGUAAAUGAGAAGGAUUUACACAUAUGGACCUCUACAUUAUUAAGAGUUCUUCGGGUAAAGAUCGAGCAAGCUGAGCAACAAAAGAAAGGCAUCCUAGAUACUGUUUAUUUUACUCAAAUUACAACGGAGCAUAGUCGAAGUAAGCUUGAUAAAUUGUGUGAUAGAAUACGCGAAACCAGAGACAGUGUUGAUAAAAUGGCGGAUAUUCACUUAGUUUCUAUUGAUGAUAUUGAAUCCUAUACGAAAUUACCGCUUCUGUCAGCUAGCAGUAGUAGUAAUGCAGACUAUAUUGACCAGAUACAAACAGAUUUUCAAUCAUGUGAUACUAUAAGACAUGCAAGGAUAGAUGAUGGAGAAAAUGCUUCUGAAAGCAAGGAAUCUGAGUUGCUGUCACCAACAUCAAACUCACCUAAAACUGUUACAAAAGCUAUUGAUGCAGAAAUCCCAAUAAAAAAGCGUAAACUUGAUGACGCAAAAGCUGAUAUCAUCAAGAUUGCUCCAGAUGAUGCAGAAAUUCUAGAUAUCGAUGAGAACACUACAUCAGACCCUGUAGAACCUUUCAUCAAAGAGAAGGGAGAGGCUCUCAAACAGCUGUGCUUGACAUUGUCUGAUGCUGGCAACACUGGCGCCAAUGAAGAAUUGAAUGCUUUGGAAUCCUUUCUAGAGCUGCCAACUGAUAAAUUGGAAACUAUUUGUAGAUAUGCAUACAUUGAGUGUAUCAAUGAACAGGUGUUUUGUAUUCUCUGUCAGAUGUUUUUGUCUCUCCCGUCGGAACCAAGCUUUGCAAAUACUUGUACAUUUGCAAGAUGUUGCAUUCUACCCCAGCUAAGACAGCUAAACCAAGCAGCCUCCAGGAUUCUCAUAACUGCAGUAAUAUCAUUUGCUAAGAAAAACCCCAAGCCACUCUGUGAGGCGGUUUUUGCGCCCCUGAUAAAAGACCCUAGUUUCAAUACCUUUCAAGCAGAAACUAUAUGCCGAAUAUUAAAGGAUGCCUUUUGCUCAGUCAGCUCACAACAUCUUCUUUCUUUCAUUGUAAAAGAAGGUGCACCAAAUACCAAAUAUAAUUGGUCGGAAGAAAUCCUCACCGUUAUUCAGGCGAUUUUAGAGUCAAAACCAGUCUUUGAGGAAGGGCUGUAUAGCUCUUUUCUUCAAACCUUGGAUAACCAGUCUGCAAGGUUCUCUAAAUCAUUAAAGUUUUCAAAGAUGCUACUGGAGGUGAUUAAUAAAAAUAAACAGCUUGCUGCAGGUCACAGACAACUUCUGCUGGGGAUAACGGAGAGAUGUGAGACAUUCUUGAAGAAAGCCCUUAUAACUGCUGUGAAAAAGCUCAAGGAAUGAUAAAUUUAUUUGAGACAGAUGGACAAGUAUUCUCUGGUAAAAACGAAGGUAUUGAGAUGUCAUAUUGAGAUAUGUCUUAUGCUUUAUAAUUCAAUUGUAUACAUGAUUCCCAUAGGAUCACACUUUGAAAUUGGAGUUUAUUAUUCUAUGUAUCCUUGAAAACUCACAAAAAAUGUCCCUUUGUUCAACUGUCAUCAAAGUGAAACUACAGCACUUGUUGCUGUUUCUUUAAUAAGUGGGGUUGUACUGAUAUGUAAUUGAUAGCACUAUCAUGGCCAAUCAAAUGCUUGCA